GAGAGCUGCCCGGAGCCGCGCUGACCCAGCUGAGCCCUGCCCACUGGACGCCAGAUCUCCACCGUCGCUCGUACCCCAGACACAGCUCGGAGCCGAGGCGGACGCGUCCCGAUCUUCCCCUGUCCCCACCCUGCCCCGACCCUCCUCUCCACCUCUCGCGUCGUGACACCAUCUGUCUCCGGCAGCUCCUUGGUCAUGAAGUCCCUCAGGUUGCCGGCUUCCGCCCUCUUCUGCUUCUUUCUACUGAUCAAGGGGUUAGGAGCAGCGCCCCCGGGUCGCCCUGAGGCGCUGCCUCCUCCCCUCAGCUCUGAACAUAAAGAGCCAGUACUUGGGGACGCAGUGCCCGAGCCAAAGGAUGGCAGCGCCCCUGAGGCCCGAGCCACUCGAAAUUCCAAGCCGCAGGACGAGGGAGAGCUUUUCCAGGGCGUGGAUCCCCGGGCGCUGGCCGCGGUGCUGCUGCAGGCGCUCGACCGGCCAGCCUCGCCCCCGGCGCCGGGCGGAUCCCAGCAGGGGCCAGGGGAAGAAGCAGCAGAAGCUCUGCUGACCGAGACCGUGCGCAGCCAAACCCACAGCCUCCCGGCUCCAGAAACCCAGGCGCCCGCGGCCCCACCUCGCCCUCAGACUCAGAAUGGUCCCGAGGCGGGCGACCCCUCUGAGGAGCUCGAGGCGCUAGCGUCUCUGCUCCAGGAACUGCGAGAUUUCAGUCCGAGCAGCGCCAAGCGCCAGCAAGAGACGGCGGCAGCAGAGACGGAAACCCGCACGCACACGCUGACCCGAGUCAAUCUGGAGAACCCCGGGCCGGAGCGCGUGUGGCGCGCUUCCUGGGGAGAGUUCCAGGCGCGAGUCCCGGAGCGCGCGCCCCUGCCACCCCCGGUCCCCUCGCAAUUCCAGGCGCGUAUGCCCGAGAGCGGGCCCCUUCCUGAAACCCACCAGUUCGAGGAAGGAGUGUCCUCCCCCAAAACACACCUAGGAGAGGCAUUGGCACCCCUGUCCAAGGCGUACCAAGGCCUGGGCGCCCCUUUCCCCAAGGCGCGCCGGCCGGAGAGCUCCUUCCUGGGCGGCUCCGAGGCGGGGGAGCGCCUUCUACAACAAGGGCUGGCGCAGGUAGAGGCCGGACGGCGGCAGGCAGAGGCCACGCGGCAGGCAGCGGCGCAGGAGGAGCGGCUGGCCGACCUCGCCUCGGAUCUGCUGCUCCAGUAUUUGUUGCAGGGAGGGGCCCGGCAGCGCGGCCUGGGGGGUCGGGGGCUGCAGGAGGCAGCCGAGGAGCGAGAGAGCGAGAGGGAGGAGGCGGAGCAGGAGAGACGCGGCGGGCAGGAGAGGGUGGGGGAAGAGGAUGAGGAGGCGGCGGAGGCGGAGGCAGAGGCGGAGGAGGCGGAGCGGGCACGGCAGAACGCGCUACUGUUCGCGGAGGAGGAGGAUGGGGAAGCCGGUGCCGAGGACAAGCGCUCCCAGGAGGAGACGCCGGGCCACAGGCGGAAGGAGGCCAAGGGGGCAGAGGAGGGCGGGGAGGAGGAGGACGACGACGAGGAGAUGGACCCUCAGACGAUCGAUAGCCUCAUUGAGCUGUCCACUAAACUCCACCUGCCAGCAGACGACGUGUUAUUACGCACCCACGUCCGCUCCCCGCAGCCCCCGGCCCCCGCCCCCGCUCGAGACGAGCUGCCGGACUGGAACGAGGUGCUCCCGCCCUGGGAUCGGGAGGAGAACGAGGUGUUUCCCCCGGGGCCCUACCACCCUUUUCCCAACUACAUCCGGCCGCGGACACUGCAGCCGCCCUCGGCCUCGCGCCACCGCCACUACCACCACGCCUUGCCGCUUUCGCGCCACUAUCCCGGCCAGGAGGCCCAGGCGCGGCGCGCGCAGGAGGAGGCGGAGGCGGAGGAGCGCCGGCUGCAGGAGCAGGAGGAGCUGGAGAAUUACAUCGAGCACGUGCUGCUCCGGCGCCCGUGA